UAAAUAAGCGACUAAAGAUGGCGACUGUGGAGGAUUCAUGGCACAAAUUCGGAUCCAAAACUUCCCUUCGGAAUCCAGAAUCCAGCUAUCCAGUGUGGCAGUGAAAGCCGAGAGCCUGAGCCCUACUUCCGCUUCUCUGUGACCGGCUCCAGCGUCGCACAUCUCACUACCAUCACCGGAGAAACACCGCGGAGUUUGGACGAACCGACACCGGAGCCGCUGAUGAUGAUCCCGGGCUGAGCUCCACGUCUGCUGCAUGGAGGCCGCUGGAGGGAGUCUGUCCUCCCAGCUGGAGCAGUGAUUUGGGUCGGAACUCGAACCCGAAACCGAUCGCGAUGUAUUUUCUGAGUGGCUGGCCGAGGCGGCUCCUGUGCCCGCUGCGGAGCGACGAGCGGCCCUUUCGGAUCGAGCCCAGCGCGCAACGCUUCUACCUGGCUGUGCUGUCCGAGACCCAGAUCAGCAUCUGGUUCAGCAGGCCCAGUGUGCUGAUCGUCAGUUAUAUCGAGUCUGGAAAAGCGGCUGCACAGUUCGGCUUCUAUCAGCAGGUGGAAUGGAAACUCGACGACUCCAUGAUCGCAGUAGCGGCAGCGAAUGGCUACGUGCUGCUGUUCGACAUCAUCGGAGGCUUGGAUGAGAAGUACCUGUAUGAGCCGGUCUAUCCAAAGGGCAGUGCUCGUGUUAAGGUGACUCCGGGUUAUAAAGAGGAACAGUGUGCUCCCGCUCUCACACUAGAGAUGAAGAAACCUGUCGACCUGGAGGCUCCCAUCAGCUGUCUUCAGUCUCUACAGGAGGAUCUGCUGGUGGCGACGGCGGAUGGUUUCCUCCAUAUGCUGCAUUGGGACAGUGUCAGUAACGGCCGCAGAGCAGUGAACCUCUGCACCAUCCCCUUCUCCCUGGACCUGCAGUCCUCCAGAGGAGGGCCGUGUUUGGAUCUGGACGGUGUGUAUAUUCGUGAUCUGGAAUAUUGUGCGACGCUGGAUGGAUUCGCUGUGGUUUUUGAUGACGGGAGAGUCGGCUUCAUCACACCCACUGCAAACAGACUCUCCACAGACCAGCUGCAGGGUGUUUGGGCUGCAGACGUCACUGAUGGUACAUGUGUGGCCGUCAACAACAAAUACAGACUCAUGGCCUUCGGCUGUGCAAGUGGUUCGGUGCUGGUCUACAUGAUUGACAGCUCCACUGGCUGCAUGCAGCUGUCUCAUAAACUAGAAUUAACCCCUAAACACUAUCCAGAUAUCUGGAAUAAGACAGGUCCGGUGAAGAUGAUCCGCUGGUCUCCCGACUGCAGUGUUGCCAUGGUGACAUGGGAGUGUGGUGGUCUUUCUCUCUGGAGUGUGUUUGGAGCUCAUCUCAUCUGCACACUCGGAGAGGACUUUGCGUACCGCUCUGACGGUACCAAGAAAGACCCUCUGAAGAUCAGCUCUAUGAGCUGGGGUGUGGAGGGUUAUCAUCUGUGGGUGAUCAGCAGCUCAGACUCGACUGUUACUGAAGAAGACGAAGAGAAACUCCAGCAGAACACGAUACUGCAGUUUCAGUUCAUCAAGAGCGCACUCACUGUCAACCCCUGCACGAGUAACCAGGAGCAGGUGCUGCUGCAGGGUGAGGACCGUCUGUAUGUGACGUGCGGGGAUCCUACGCAGACGCAGGCUCCGAGUCAGUGUGUGUUGGACAGCAGCAGCAGCAGCAGCAGCCCAGUCCAGCGCUCCUCCUCCGCAGCUCCACUCUCUCAGGGCCUCAGCACUUUACUGGGACACAAGCACUGGCAGGUGGUUCAGAUUCACAGCACAUAUCUAGAGACUAACUGGCCUAUCAGGUUUGCAGCUAUAGACUGGUCUGGUCAGUGUGUGGCCGUCGCCGGGCGCCGGGGAUUUGCACAUUAUUCAUUAUAUACCAGAAAGUGGAAACUGUUCGGUAACGUCACGCAGGAGCAGAAUAUGACAGUGACCGGUGGUCUUGCGUGGUGGAAUGACUUUGUUGUCGCUGCCUGUUACAAUUUCAUUGAUCGCCAGGAAGAGCUGCGGUUAUACGUGCGCUCCACUAACCUGGAUAACGCGUUCGCCAGCAUCACUAAACUACACGCCGACACACUGCUGCUCAAUGUGUUUCGCAACAUGGUGAUUCUGUUCAGAGCCGACUGCUCCAUCUGCCUGUACAGCAUCGAGAGACGCCACGACAGCCCGAGCCCGUCUGCCAGUGUGGAGCUGCUACAGGAGGUCUCCAUGUCCCGCUAUAUUCCACACCCUGGCCUAGUGGUCUCUGUGACCCUCACAUCAGUGCGCACAGAGAGCGGCAUCACACUCAAAGCCCCACAGCAGGCCUGUUCGGCUGAGAGUAUCCUGCUGAAUCUGGCUGGUCAGCUGAUCAUGCUGCAGAGAGACAGAUCCGGCCCACAGGUACGAGAGAAGGACGCGCCAGCCAAUCACAGCAAACUGCUACCUUUCUGCGCGCCGGUGGUUCUGGCGCAGUGUGUGGAGAGCGUUUGGACGUCGAGUCGCAGUAACCGUAAGAAGCGUCACCUAAUGGAGGCGCUGUGGCUGUCCUGCGGCGAGGCGGGGAUGAAGGUGUGGCUGCCGCUGUUCCCCCGAGACCACCGCAAACCGCACUCGUUCCUGUCCCGCAGGAUCAUGCUGCCCUUCCACAUCAACAUCUACCCGCUGACGGUGCUGUUCGAGGACGCGCUGAUCCUCGGAGCCUCCAACGAGACUGUGCUGUUCGACGGGCUGAGCUCAAGCACAGAGCCGCUGGAGGCGCUGUUCCCCUUCUGCACAGUGGAGAGAACAUCACAGAUAUACCUGCACCACAUACUGAGACAGCUGCUGGUGCGUAAUCUGGGCGAGCAGGCGCUGAUGUUAGCGCAGUCGUGUGCAUCGCUGCCUUAUUUCCCACAUGUUCUGGAACUGAUGGUGCAUGUGGUUCUGGAGGAAGAGGCCACGUCCCGAGAGCCCAUUCCUGAUCCGCUGCUGCCCACCGUGGCCAAAUUCGUCACAGAGUUCCCGCUCUUCCUGCAGACCAUCGUCCACUGCGCACGCAAGACCGAAUACGCCCUCUGGAACUACCUGUUCGCCGCCGUCGGGAACCCCAAAGACCUGUUUGAGGAGUGCUUGAUGGCGCAGGAUCUGGACACGGCGGCCUCAUACCUGAUCAUACUGCAGAAUAUGGAGGUUCCAGCAGUCAGCCGUCAGCACGCCACACUGCUCUUCAACACUGCUCUGGAGCAGGGGAAGUGGGAUCUGUGUCGUCACAUGAUCCGAUUCCUCAAGGCCAUUGGCUCAGGGGAGAGCGAGACUCCACCCACCACACCUACAACUCAGGUGAGAGAGGAACAGAGCCCCAGCAGUGGCUUUGAGUUCUUCAGGAACCGCAGUAUCAGUCUCUCUCAGUCUGCAGACAGCAUCGCCGCAGGGAAGUUCAACCUGCAGAAGACCAUGAGUAUGCCCACCGGACCCUCCUGCAAGAGUGGCGAGCGCUGGUGUAAGGACAGUGACUCCGCAGAGAAUCUCUACAUUGAUGUGAUGUUAUGGAGACACGCUCGCCAUCUGCUGGAGCAGGUGCGUCUGCGGGAUCUGGGCUGUUUCUCCGCUCAGCUGGGCUUCGAGCUGAUUGGUUGGUUGUGUCGUGAGCGCACGCGGGUCGCACGAGUGGACGACUUCGUCACCGCGCUCAAAUGCCUGCACAAGGACUUCCUGUGGCCCUUUCCUGUUAUCCCAGCAUGCACCAUCAGCUCGCCGCUCAAGAACGGACGCUGCCGCCCAGUGUUGAGCUCUCGUCUGCUGAAGUCUCAGUCUGCAGACAGUCUGCUGAACAGUGAGAUGGACACCACACCCCCUCAGGUCAGCACAGCCAAUCACCGCUGGCUGGAUGGUUUGGGGGCGGUGUCUAAAGAGCUGGACUCCGCCUCUUCACAUGGAGGACCACAGACUCAGGAGGCUUUUCUUUCGCCACUUAUUAGUAAAGGUGAGGAGUGCAGCAUCGGCUCGGCCACAGACCUGACGGAGACCAGCUCCAUGCUGGAUGGUGAUUGGACGAUGGUGGAUGAGAACAUCUCCACCCUCAGCCUCAGCCAAUCAGAGCUGGAGCACAUCUCCAUGGAGCUGGCCAAUAAAGGGCCACAUAAGAGCCAGGUGCAGCUGCGGUAUCUCCUGCACGUGUUCAUGGAGGCCUGCUGUCUGGAGUGGUGUGUGGUGAUCGGGCUGAUCUUACGGGACGCCGCCGUCAUUAAACAGGUGGUGUGUUUUCUGGACAGUCCAGAAGUGCCGUCAGAGACUGUGCAGAGCAUCAGAGCCGGACUGAUGGCGGUCGACCGCUGGGCCUCGUCUGAUUGUCUGGGCUAUAAGGCGUUCCUGAACCUCAUCCGCCCGGAGCUGCUGAAGCUGAUGGAGGUUGAGGUGGAGCAGGUGCAGCCUGAUGCCUUCCAGCCCACCGGAGCCUCUAAACUGAGUGAAGCACCGCUGCUGCUGCUACCCCGAGCGGAGGACAACUCCACCCUCCACACACUGCCUCUGGACGGCCCUGCUGGAGCCUCCACCCGGCCCCUGGAGGACACACCGCUGGAGCAGCCGGAGGACGAGGAGCUGGAGGAGGCUUCAUAUGACUGCACGCUCUCAUGACCUCGGGUGGAGGAGCGGGAGGAGGCUUCAUACGACUGUACGCUCUCAUGACCUCUGAACAACUGCACACACACUCGGGUGGAGGAGUGGGCGGAGGCUUCGUACGAAUGCACACUCCUGAGCUCUGAACAACACACACUCGGGUGGAGGAGUGGACGGAGGAACGCUCUCGUUACCACUGAACAAUUGCACACAUGCUUGUGCGGGAGUGGGUGGAGGAGGAGGUGGAGGCUUCAUGGGACUGCAUGCUCUCUUGACCUUUGAACAACUACGCACACUUACACAGUAGAGAGUGGAGGAGUAUGAAUGGAGUGUAAUUGGGUGGAGGAGCGGAUGGAGUGAUUGGCUAGUGGAGUGUGAUUGGCUGAUUGAGUGAAAGAAGUGUGAUUGGGUGGAGUGGAUGGAGUGAUUGGCUAGUGGAGUUUAAUUGGGUGGAGGAGUGGAAGGAGUUACUGGCUGGUGGAGUGUGAUUGGGUGGAGGAUUCUGGGUGAAGUAGUGAAAGAAGUGUGAUUGGGUGGAGGAUUCUGGGUAGAGGAGUGAAAAAACUGAUUGGGUGGAGGAGCGGAUGGAGUGAUUGGCUAGUGGAGUGUGAUUGGCUGAUUGAGUGAAAGAAGUGUGACUGGUAGGAGGAAAGAAAGAAGUGUGAUUGGGUGGAGUGGAUGGAGUGAUUGGCUAGUGGAGUUUAAUUGGAUGGAGGAGUGGAAGGAGUUAUUGGCUGGUGGAGUGUGAUUGGGUGGAGGAUUCUGGGUGAAGUAGUGAAAGAAGUGUGAUUGGGUGGAGGAGUGUAAAUGGAAUGGUGUGAUUAGGUGGAGGAGUGUGAUUGGGUAGAGGAGUGGAUGCCAAAGGGUGUGAGUGGAUGGAAUAGCAUGUUAAGGAGUGGGUGGAGGAGUGGAUGGAGUGAUUAGCUGGUGAAGUGUGAUUGGAUGGAGUAAAAGAAGUGUGAUUGGGUGGAUGAGUCGAUAGAGUGAUUGGCUGGUGGAGUAUGAUUGGGUGAAGGAGUAAAAGAAGUGUGAUUGGGUGGAUGAGUCAAUGGAGUGAUUGGCUGGUGGAGUAUGAUUGGGUGAAGGAGUAAAAGAAGUGUGAUUGGGUGGAGGAGUCGAUAGAGUGAUUGUCUGGUGGAGUAUGAUUGGGUGGAGGAGUGAAAGAAGUGUGAUUGGUUGGAGGAGCGGAUGGAGUGAUUGGCUGAUGGAGUAUGAUUGGGUGGAGGAUUCUGGGUGGAGGAGUGAAAGAAGUGUAAUUGGGUGGAGGUGUCUAAAUGGAAUAGUGUGAUUAGGUGGAGGAGUGAAUGGAGGAGUGUGAUUUGGUGGAGGAGUGGAUGCCAAAGGGUGUGAGUGGAUGGAAUAGUGUGUUAAGGAGUGGUUGGAGAAGUGUGAUUGGGUGGAGGAGUGGAUGGAGGCUUCAAUAGCUGAAGGCUCUCUUGACCUCCAGUGAAUAUCAAUUUACAGAAAAAAUGAUGGAGGUGCUGUGUGUCUGUGCGUGCGUGCAUAUGUUUCAGCACCUCCAUAGUACAGUAUAGUGUGUGUGUCAGCUUCUCCAGAUUGCAGUAUUGUGUGUGUGUGCGUGCGUGUGUGUGUGUGUGUGUGUGUGUUUCAGCUCCUCCAUAGUACAGUAUAGUGUGUGUGUCAGCUCCUCCAGACUGCAGUAUUGUGUAUGUGUGCGUGCGUGCGUGUGUUUCAGCUCCUCCAUAGUACAGUAUUGUGCGUGUGUCAGCUCCUCCAGACUGCAGUUCUGUGUGAGUGAGUGUGUGUCAGCUUCUCCAGAUUGCAGUAUUGUGUGAGUGCGUGUGUGUUUCAGCUCCUCCAUAGUACAGUAUUGUGUGUGUGUGUGUGUGUGUGAGCUCCUCCAGACUGCAGUUUUGUGUGUGUGUUUUGCUGUGUUUCUCCAUCUCAUGUCCAGAUGUGUGUGUGUUUCUCCGCUCUGCAGUCUCAGUAUUUCUGUCAGACAAACAUUCAAAUAUUCUGAAAUCAAGAUAUGGAUCAUUUGACACGUGUUUCCAUCCCUGUUUCAGCUUAAAGCCAGUCAUUAGUUAUUAUUUCAGUGCUGAACUUAAUUUCUGAAGUAUUUUUACUUCUCAGAUUAUUAGAAAAUUCUUUAGCGAUUAAUCUUUGUUCAUUUGCAUUUCAUCUUUUUUUGUU